GGGUAUCACAGGAGAAAGUUGCAGCGGCGGCAGCACCCCAGAGCCUCCGGGACCGGGGACGAGGGGAGAGGGGGCGGCGGCUGCGGCAGCCGCGGCUGGCGGAGGAAUUGAAAGGACUGUAGGGGGAGGCAGCACAAGCCGCCCCGACUGCUCCUCCUCUUCCUCCCCCUCUUCCCCCUCCUCCAAACUCGCAGGGCUUAGCUCCAGCGCUCGCUCAGCCACCAGGAGGGACGGGAGCCGGCCGCACGGCCCCGGGCUGGGUAGGGUCGCAGCCGCCAUGGAUAGCGACGAUGAGGUGGUGGAGGAAGCCGUGGAAGGACACCUGGAUGAUGACGGAUUACCACACGGGUUCUGCACUGUCACCUACUCCUCCACAGACAGAUUCGAGGGCAACUUUGUGCAUGGAGAAAAGAAUGGACGUGGGAAAUUCUUCUUCUUUGACGGCAGCACCCUGGAGGGGUAUUAUGUGGACGAUGCCCUGCAGGGCCAGGGCGUUUACACCUAUGAGGAUGGAGGUGUUCUCCAAGGCACCUAUGUGGAUGGGGAGCUGAACGGACCGGCCCAGGAGUACGACUCUGACGGGAGGCUGAUCUUCAAGGGACAGUACAAAGACAACAAUCGACAUGGAGUGUGUUGGAUCCAUUACCCAGAUGGGGGCAGCCUUGUCGGGGAAGUCAAUGAAGAUGGAGAGAUGACGGGAGAAAAGAUCGCCUAUGUGUACCCUGACCAGAGGACUGCGCUCUAUGGGAAGUUCAUUGACGGAGAGAUGCUCGAAGGGAAACUGGCCACCCUCAUGGCCACCGAAGAAGGGAGACCACACUUUGAAGUGACGUUGGGAAGUUCCGUGUACCACUUUGAUAAAUCGACCUCCUCCUGCAUCUCCAGCGAUGCUCUCCUUCCAGACCCUUAUGAAUCCGAGAGGGUCUAUGUUGCCGACUCUCUCAUCCCCAGUGCUGGAGAAGGACUGUUUUCCAAGGUAGCAGUGGGACCCAAUACUGUUAUGUCGUUUUAUAACGGAGUCCGAAUUACACACCAAGAGGUUGACAGCAGGGACUGGGCCCUAAAUGGGAACACUCUCUCCCUGGACGAGGAAACAGUCAUUGAUGUGCCUGAGCCCUACAACCACGUGUCCAAGUACUGUGCCUCCUUGGGACACAAGGCGAAUCACUCCUUCACUCCGAACUGCAUCUAUGACCUGUUUGUCCACCCCCGUUUCGGGCCCAUCAAGUGCAUCCGCACCCUGCGAGCUGUGGAGGCCGAGGAGGAGCUGACCGUUGCCUACGGCUAUGACCACAGCCCCCCGGGGAAGAGUGGGCCUGAAGCCCCUGAGUGGUAUCAGGUGGAGCUGAAGGCCUUCCAGGCCACCCAGCAGAAGUGAAAGGCUUGGCCCUGGGUCCCAGAGACCUGGAGUAGAAACUUGGAUCUAUGCACUACAUUUAUCUGACAACGGGACAACCAGGGACUGUUCAUGCCAUGACAUCACAUCCUCUCACCCUGCGUUAGCAACGACUCUCUCUCGCAUACUAACUAGGUUUGACUGUAUUACUCGUACCAGAUUUAAAAUUAGUUAGCCUUGCCACAACGCCCUACCGAGAGGUACUGUCGAACUGUAGACAGCAUGACGUUCUUUGAUGGUGGAAGUCUACAUCUGGACCAUCUUCAGAGAUACCAAAUGAUUAGGCUGAAAAAGGGAAACGGGGUUCUUCAGUCUCUUCUUCUUCUUUUUUUUUUUUUAAUCAUGAUGUUUUCUCUAUGGCCAGUGCAAAUGGUGUUGUCACCCUUGCAUGUUGCCAACCGCAGGGCAGGAAGCAAUUACAUCUUUAUAUACACGUAGGGCCAUUUGCCUUUUAACCUUUGAUCUGUAUCUCUUGCAAUAGAAUGGCUUUGUUUCUGUUGUUCCUCUCCCUGUGAACUGAAGCCCAGCCUUUUGAGUAAUUUCCUCAGCUUCACUCUAUUAGCUACACUUUACAAGAGAAAGCUUCCAGACGGAUUUUGCAUUCGUAGCAGCGUACAGAUCUCUCUGGUUCUUUCUCUGCCAUUUCACUCUUACGUCCUGAUCUAAAGUGCUGGCUCCUGGGGCCAGACUGUUAUUUAUAGACUUACUAUUCUCGCAUGUAAACAAGGGGAUCUUUGCUUUCAGAUGUGAGAUGAACUUCCCUUGUUUGCAUUUAAGUUAUGGAAGGGUUGUAAGAUACACUUUCAGGAAGAAGAGAGGAAAGUUAGUAUUUCUAAGCAGUUGUUACGGCAAUUUUGCAGUAUCUCCAGUAGUGUUGCUAAUUUUUUUCUUCUUCUUCUUCUUGGGCACACAUUAAUUGUACAUAACCUAGUGCGGUCUGGCUUGUGACACACACAGCUCAUUGAAUUCAAACACAAUAGCCAGUGUGCAUUCUAAGGCAGAGUGCAAAAUUCUCUUUGAAAUCAGUGUCACGAAGGCAGGCGUGCUGAUAUCACUUGGUAUAAAUCAGAUCUCUAGCUAAAGCUUCGCGUCACCGCGAUUUCCAAGCACUUAGCUGCUUCCAAGACCUCACACCUGCGCGGUUAACCCUCCCGCUAGCGUCUCAGCCUCCUCAAGCCAUAUGUAAUCACAACUGCAGAAGUACAGAGAAAACCCCAUUAUUUUAGUUUAGUACAUUAGAUCUGUAACGUAACUGGAUCGCUCUGAAUGAAUGCCGAGUUUGGGGAACAUCCCCCUCCCCCCGAGGCGUCCAUCACCAAGAAGGCCUGGGGACAACAGUUGCUGAAGCCUGCAGCCUUCGACAGUGCUCUCUGUGGCCUGGGUCGGUUUAGGUUUAAAAGCCAAAGCUUUCUAAGCUGCAAUAGAGGGCUCUGGGAAAGGGGAAAGAUGCUUGGGGGUGGGUGGAAACGGAGAGAGGAGGCAGAUAGAGAGCGGUUUGAUAUUCUGUGGUCAGUUGCAUCUUGGUCUUCACGGCUUUCACGAGUGCUUCAUCUGGGUCUGUGGCACAGCUCGUCCAUCAAAGAGCCCCAGGUGGAGAACGCAGCCCUCAGUUGUGACAGCCACCCCUGGGCUCUUUCACAAGCUUCCUGACUUACCUACCUUCAGGCUCUGCACCCAGGUGAUGAUGCUUCCCAGGGGUGCUAGUGACAUCCCUGUCUGAAAGCUUCGGGAGAGAGUUCCUCAGGACGUGGGAAGAGCCUCCUGCAAAAAGGGCUGAAUAGUUUUCAGACCUCGAGUCAGCAGGAUAGGAUGGCUUCUAUUCUGUAGAAAGACACCGUUCAGUAAACUGUGACAGGAGGCUGAGGCUGUGGAUUCAAAUUCUGAGAGGAGCUUUUCUGUAAAUGUGUCCAAAGAGAGUGGGCUGCUUUGGGGAGAAAGGUGGCUGAACCGCAGUGACCAGAUGAGAGAGGAAGAGAGAGCAGGUCCCCCCCCCCCCCGGGCUCUCGGGAUUU